CCACAAGAAAAGAAUCUGUGCUGCCAGACCUGAGUAAGAUAUUGCGAUAGACUAAGUUCGAAACUCGAACACUCGAAACAAGCCAUUAUCGAAGUAACAACGGUUUUCGUCAAAAUGACAUAUUGACCCAUAUAGCAACACUUUCUUCGAACACGCACCUUGGAGACCAAGAAAACAAUAUAACUGGUUCAACGAACAAAUAUAUAUUUUAAUAUGGAAUAGUUUUGCCAAAACCAAGGCAAAUAAACGAAUCCAAAAAUGUUUUUAGACACUCCAAAAAGGCCACCUCGAACCCGGCGCUAUGUGGAAAAAGCAUUUGAUCAAGUCAAAUCAAAGAAAAAUGUUCGAGAUGUAGUGAUUCUCAACGAUUCGGGACAUCCGGUUUUGAGUACAAUGGAGCAAGCCGAGGCUGUGCAGUUUUCAGGACAAUUCCAGGCCAUUCGAGGAAGAUUGGAACGUGGGAUGAGCAAAAUUGAUCCCACAGAUGAACUGGUCAUGCUGAGAGUGCGCACAAAAACUAAUGAGGUUCUAUUAGUCCCAGACUCCAAAAUAACAGUACUAGUAGUGCAGAAUGCGCAUGAUAGCUUUGAAAAAUGAAAUAACAAAAGUAUUUCAAUAAAACCUA